AUGGUGAGGUUCCUGCGUGAGGCGGAGGUCCAGAGGGGGUUGAGGAAGAUCCCGCGUGGCGCGCAUAUUGCUGCCUUUAGGGGCAAAACGACAAAGGACGUCUUAGACAAGGGGUUGAACAACCUGAACGGGCCCGGCGCGGGGAAAGAUGUGCACUUAGGAUUCGCCGAACGCAUUUCCGACAAACUCCAGAACCUCUACGCUAUCGAGACCGUCGUCAAAGUGGCGAUCUACUCCGCGAACUACAUCCGGCUGGACGAGCGCGAGAUGCACCAGCGGUGGCUGGAUGGGGGGGAAACACUGGAGAUGCGGACGCUCGUACACGUGCCUAAACCGCGGCCGGAGCCGGGGCCUGAGGUGAUCGACAUCCCGUCGACACCUGGUGCGAGCGAGGACUGGCGCAACCUGUGCUAUAAGAAGUUGCAGGACGUUAGGGAGCGGGUGUGUCUUACAGAGGAUUUGGUGGUGCCCGACGACGUACUGAGGCCAUGCAUCUGGGCGCAGGCGAUUACGCAGAGCCGGUGCACUAGACCGGAGUUGACUGCAAACUAG